GAAUUGUGGGCUGCGUUCUUUUAAUUUAGUUUGAAGUUCUUUUCUCCUUCUGAGACCUUUUCUUUUUGAGAGGUUGACGGCAUAGCGUAUAGGCAUCAGGGCUUUCCAUCCGUCGAAGCUUCGUUGCCGUGGCGUGUUUGCUGACCGCCUAGUCGUUGUGAGUGCUGCCCGCGUGCUCAGCAGAGCGAUUCAGCCGCAGAGCUCUCUUCACGUGUCAUCGUAUCGCAUUGCCGUUGAUUUCCUCUUAUUUCUUUUUGUUUUGCUCUAUCAUCACUCUCGCUCUUCAGCAGACCGCAUUAUUACAAUGUCGGCCGACAACAUCAUCGCGAACACGAUGAUCAAGGAGGUGCGAUUCCUCCGUCGCCGUCCGUGGUACACGUGGGUGACGACGUGGCCCUUCAUCAUCCUCUACGUCGUCUCCAUCAGCCUGUAUCUCUACCCGGAGCUGGUCUGGGACCGCGUGAUGUACCUCGUCCACCAAACCUACAUCGACUUCUUCCACGCCAUCUGCUUCCCCGUCGUGUUCUUCCUGCACGCCUUCCUCUCCCUCUUCACCAUCUGGUCGGUGAGGUUUCGCGCCUACAUUUUGUACCGCUCGGUCCCAAUGGAGCAGCUGACGGAGGCGACGGACGUGCUUGUCGUGACACACCCGCACAAGGGCGAGUCGGAGAUUGUGCCGUUGCACCAGGAGACGGAGGACGGCCACCCGCCGUGCUUCAUCUUUCAGCAGCGCAAGUGGAAGCUGGACGAGCGCGAGGGCGUCUUUGUCAAACCACGCUUCCCGACGAAGCUCCCUUUUUCGUAUUACAUCCACUGGGAGGGGCUCAACAAGGAGGCCGACCGCGCGAAGCAGGAGGACAUCUUCGGCCUGAACAAGAUGGAGGUGGUCAUCCCCGAGUUCCAGGACCUCUUCGUCGACCACGCCCUCUCCCCAUUCUUCGUAUUCCAGAUGUUCUGCGUUCUGCUCUGGUGCCUUGACGAGUACUGGUACUACUCCCUUUUUACCGGCGUCAUGAUGGUGGGUAUGGAGUGCACGACGGUGUACCAGCGCAUACGGAACAUGCGCACGCUGCGCGACAUGGCCGAGGUGCCGGUGCGCGACAUCGAUGUGAUGCGCGGUGGCAAGCGGGUGACCAUUCGCACGGACGCCCUGCUGCCGCUGGACAUCAUGGUCGUCCCCAGCAACGCCCCCUGCCCCGUCGACGCGCUGCUGGUGAAGGGCACCGCCGUCGUGAACGAGGCGAGUCUGACGGGGGAGUCGACGCCACAGCUGAAGGAGGCCCCCGAUGACGUCGAGGUCGACCUCAGCCUCAAGAAGCACGCCCGCCACAUGCUCUUCUCCGGGACGCAGAUCCUGCUCAGCAACGGCCCCCAUGAGGCGUCCGAAGAAGGCGGCCACAACCGCGAUAAGAGCAACGCGCUGGCCGUGGUGCUCAAGACCGGCUUUGAAACGAAGCAAGGGAAGCUGCUCCGCACGAUCCUGCACAGCCAGGGCCGCGUCAGCGAGAACAGUGGCGAGGCCUUCGCCUUUAUCGGUGUCCUCGUCGUCUUCGCCCUCGCGGCCAGCGGCUACCUGCUCAAGCGCGGCCUCGCCGACCCACACCGCAGCCGCUGGAAACUCUUCCUCUCCUGCGUGCAGAUCAUCACGUCGGUCGUGCCGCCCGAGCUACCGAUGGAGCUCUCUCUGGCGGUGAACACGACGCUACUGGCGCUGACGAAGCUGCAGGUCUUCUGCACGGAGCCGUUCCGCAUCCCCUACGCGGGUAAGGUGGACACCUGCUGCUUUGACAAGACCGGGACGCUGACAACGGAUGAGAUGCUCUUUGGCGGCGUCGAUAUGAUUGAUGGGAAGGGCCUGCUGAACAAGCUCAAGGCGAUCCCGAAGCACUCGGAGAUGGUGCUCGCAACCUGCCACGCCUUGGUUUUUCUGGAUGAGGACACGCUGGCGGGGGAUGAGAUGGAGAAGGCGGCCACGGCGGCCCUGGGCUACCGCCUCGACGCGGACGACAACAUCCUCUACGACCCCAAGCCCAAGGACGAGGAGAGGACGGACCAGGCGGAGAAGCAGAAGAAGCACGGCGACGCGAAGGAGGCGAAGAAGUCGUACAAGGUGCUGCUGCGCUUCCCGUUUCUCGCGGCGCUGCGCCGCAUGGCGUGCGUCGUCUCCGCGCCGGACGGCAAGUACGUCGUGGCAAAGGGCUCGCCGGAGUCGAUCGUAGCGCUGUGCCAGUCGGUGCCGAAGGACUGCCUGAAGGUGGCGGAGGAGACGGCUGCGAAGGGCUACCGCGUCAUCGCCCUCGCCUACCGUCCGUUGAAGGACGAGGAGAAGGCGUCUCGGGAGACGAUACUGGCGCUGCGCCGCGACGACGUCGAGAAGGGCCUCCUCUUCGCCGGUCUCGCCGUCUACGUGUGCCCGCUGAAGAAGGACGCGAAGGAGACGAUUGAGAACCUGGAGGGCGGCAGCCACCGCUGUGUCAUCAUCACCGGCGACAGCGUGCAGACGGCCAUCUCCGUCGGCAAGGAUGUGACGAUGCUGCUGUGCAAGCGUCAGCUUGUCGCCAAGGAGGGCGAGGGCGGCGCGGUCGAGUGGGUGGACUCCGUGACGGGUCUGCAGCAGCCGGGGACGAAGGCGCAGAUCAUCGAAGGCACAUUUGCGCGCACGCGUAAGCAGCGGGUGCCGCGCGACGCGCAGUGGGACUUGUGCGUGAACGCCGAGACGAUCAGCCCGGACGCGCUGAACGCCAUCAUCGCGGACUACAACGAGCAGGUGACGAUUUGGGCUCGCUGCGCGCCGACGCAGAAGGAGGCCAUCGUGACCGAUCUGAAGAAGAAGGACCACAUCGUCAUGAUGGCGGGCGACGGCACGAACGAUGUCGGGGCGCUGAAGCAGGCGCACGCUGGUAUUGCCGUGCUGAACUCCGCGUCGGUGGCGCCCAAGGCUGAGCAGAAGGACCUCCAGGUUGGGCCGCAGCCGCACAACGAGCCGGAUGUACCGCCGGAGCUGAAGGUGCCGCCGAACUUCAAGUUCACUGUGGUGCCUCCCGAACUGCCGCCGACCGCGCCGUUCAUGGAUAUGAUGAAGUGGAAGAUGCUAGAGGCGAAGCGGAAGGCGGAGAUCGUGCAGGUGAAGCGCUGGAACAAGCAGCUGGAGGAUGCCGAGAAGGCAAAGGCGGAGAAGAAGGCGAAUGCGCCGCCGCCGCCGGCGAAUAUCGAGAAGUCCGACUUCUUAAUGGAGUCGCUCUUCAACGCCGACGACGAGAACAUGGGCGGUCCGCCGAUGAUCAAGCUGGGCGACGCCUCCAUUGCGGCUCCGUUCACGUGCCGCUCCAAGGCGCUCACCUCUGUCUGCGACAUUAUCCGGCUUGGCCGCACCACGCUGGUGACCACGCACAUGAUGUACAAGAUCCUUGCCCUGAACUGCCUGACGCAGGCCUACUCCAUGUCCGUGCUGCACUGCUCCGGUGUGAAGUUCGGCGAGAAGCAGAUGAUCCUGGCGGGUGUGAUUCUGUCGGUGUGCUUCCUCUUCAUGUCACGCAGCAAGCCGCUCACCCACCUGUGCCCGCAGCGUCCCGUGACGCGCGUGUUCCACCCCUACAUGGUCACCACCGUCUUCUGUCAGUUUGUGCUUCACCUCUACUGCAUGAUGCAGACCUCGUGGAUGGUGGAGGAGGUCGACAAGGCGACGAUGGCGGACAUGCGCAGCAACUUCGAGGACGCCGAGUUCAAGCCGACCCUUCUCAACUCCACCAUGUUUCUCCUGACAACGCUCAUUUCGGGUGUGACCUUCGCCGUGAACUACCGCGGGGAGCCGUUCAUGCAAGGCAUCCGCAAAAACCGUCCGAUGUUCAUCGCGCUAAUUCUGCUGGCGAUCGUCAUUCUCGCCUUCGCCUCCGAGUCGAACGAGGAGCUGAACAAGGAGUUCGAGAUCACCGUCUUCCCCACCGAGGAGUUCCGCACACGCUUUAUGCGCCUGCUCGUCCUGGACGCCAUGGGCUGCUUCGCCAUCGAGAAGGUGUCCCUGCUGCUCUUCACAGACUUUUAA